UCAGUGACGUCCCUGUAAACACUGGACGCGGAAGUGCGCGAGACGCACAGAUUUACCGACACACCGAGACUCCGCGAGACAUUCAUUUAAAAAAUGUAUAUAUUUGAACCGUUCCCGCAGUAACAUAUUAUAAGUUCACCUUCAACACACCGUCAACAAUGACAAAUGCUAAUUUACAGAAAGCCAUUGAUUUGGCCAGCAGAGCCUCUGAGGAGGACAAGGCCAAAAACUAUGAGGAAGCUCUGCGCCUCUAUCAACAUGCAAUCCAGUAUUUUCUUCAUGUGGUAAAAUAUGAAGCUCAGGGUGACAAGGCCAAGCAGAGCAUCAGAGCGAAGUGUGCUGAUUAUCUGGACCGAGCGGAGCAGCUCAAGCAGUACCUGAAGAAGAAAGAGAGCGCGCCGCCCUCCAAACCUGUCAAAGUUCCCCAGUCUGACGAUAAAGGGACUGACACUGAUGAUGGCGAUGCAGAGAAAAAGAAAUUCCAAAAUCAACUCCAAGGUGCUAUUGUCAUGGAGAAACCCAACAUUAAGUGGGAUGAUGUUGCUGGUUUGGAAGGAGCCAAAGAGGCCCUUAAAGAAGCGGUCAUCCUGCCAAUCAAAUUCCCUCAUCUUUUCACUGGGAAACGCACUCCGUGGAGAGGGAUUCUGCUCUUUGGUCCUCCAGGAACAGGAAAGUCCUACCUGGCUAAAGCGGUGGCUACCGAGGCCAACAACUCCACCUUCUUCUCCAUCUCGUCAUCAGACCUGGUGUCCAAGUGGCUGGGAGAGAGCGAGAAGUUAGUGAAGAAUCUGUUCAGUUUGGCUCGGGAGCACAAGCCUUCAAUCAUCUUCAUCGAUGAGAUUGACUCCAUGUGCGGCUCCAGAAACGAGAACGAGAGCGAAGCGGCCCGCAGGAUCAAGACUGAGUUUCUGGUCCAGAUGCAAGGCGUAGGAAACGACAAUGAAGGAAUUCUGGUCCUUGGAGCGACGAACAUCCCCUGGACGCUGGAUUCUGCCAUCAGGAGAAGGUUUGAAAAGCGCAUCUACAUCCCUCUUCCUGAGAAGCACGCUCGCUCCGCCAUGUUCAAGCUGCACCUCGGCUCCACUCCCAAUAGCCUCAACGAAGAGGAUUUCAUAACUCUUGGGAAGAAGACUGACGGCUACUCGGGUGCUGACAUCAGCAUCGUCGUUCGUGAUGCCCUCAUGCAGCCCAUCCGCAAAGUUCAGUCUGCGUCCCACUUCAAAAAGGUCAGAGGAAAGGCGUGGAACAACCCAGAUGUUGUGGUGGAUGACCUCUUGACGCCCUGCUCUCCAAACGACCCAGGCGCGAUCCACAUGACCUGGGUGGAUGUAGCGAGUGAUAAACUCCUGGAGCCGAUAGUCAGCUUGGAGGACAUGUUGAAGUCACUUGAGAGAACCAAGCCCACUGUGAACGAGGAGGAUCUGGAGAAGCUGAAGAAGUUCACUGAGGACUUUGGCCAGGAGGGAUGAAUUUUUGCUGGAUUCACAUGGCAUUUAUUUAUAUUUUUCCAUCAUGUUUACAAAGCUCCUUCUCCAUAUUUUAUUUUUCAAAAUCUUUGGUCAGUCUUUAACCCUGAGAUUUUUUUGGGGGUGUAACGAUUUUCCUGAACGUAACCAAUCAGAUCAGAUAUCCAUUCAUUAUUACUAAAAAUCCUCUUCAUUUUAAAUGGUUUGUUGCAAAUGGGUCAUAAUAUUUUUACUUUGAAUUUUGAGAGAUAAAACAAAACAAAAAAGAUAAUUUGUAUUUGUUCAGUUGCAUGGUCACUUGUGCCUGUGUCUGGUUAUCUACCUUAUUGCCAAAAAAAAGACUAGUCUUAAAACCACUAACACUGAAGUUAAUAAAUAACUUGGGACCAGAAUCAAAGACAACCAGUGAGCUGUGAAAAAGUGUUUACACAUAUGUGAAUACAUGUUUUGGGUGUGCAGACCUCAUCUUCGCCUUUGAAGUGUUUGUUUUUCUACUGUUUUUCUACUUUCGUCUGUAAAUAAAGUGUUUAAACUACC